AUGUCGGCGGAAGUGCCUUCUACGAACGACUCGAACGUGUACGAGGGUGCCAUUGGUAUUGACCUUGGUACGACCUACUCGUGUGUUGGCUGGUGGACCAACGAGCGUGUUGAGAUCAUUGCCAACGACCAGGGUAACCGCACGACGCCCUCGUACGUCGCUUUCACGGAGAACGAGCGUCUGAUUGGUGAUGCCGCCAAGAACCAGGCUGCUAUGAACCCUCGUCAGACGGUGUUUGACGCCAAGCGCCUGAUCGGCCGUCGCUUUGACGACCCUGACGUGAAGAAGGACAUGCAGUCGUGGCCCUUCACGGUGGUGGACAAGGACGGCAGCCCUGUCAUUGAGGUCGAGUACCUCGGUGAGAAGAAGCAGUUUGCCCCGCAGGAGAUCUCGUCGAUGGUGCUGCUGAAGAUGAAGGAGGUGGCCGAGGCCAAGAUCGGCAAGGAGGUGAAGAAGGCCGUCGUUACGGUGCCCGCCUACUUUAACGACUCGCAGCGUCUGGCCACGAAGGAUGCAGGUGCGAUUGCGGGUCUGGAUGUGCUCCGUAUCAUCAACGAGCCCACGGCUGCUGCCAUUGCGUACGGUCUGGACUCGAAGUCGAGCCAGGAGAAGAACGUGCUCAUUUUCGACCUGGGUGGUGGUACGUUUGAUGUGUCGCUGCUCAACAUCACCGGUGGUGUGUUUGCCGUCAAGGCCACGGCGGGUGACACGCACCUGGGUGGUGAGGACUUUGACAACACGCUGCUCGAGCACUUCAAGAAGGACUUUGAGCGCAAGAACAAGGUCGACAUGUCGAACGAUGCCCGUGCGCUCCGCCGCCUGCGCAGCGCCUGUGAGCGUGCCAAGCGUACGCUGUCGAGUGUGACGCAGACGAGCGUGGAAGUGGACUCGCUGUUCCAGGGCAUUGACUUCCAGGCCAACAUUACGCGUGCGCGCUUUGAGGAGAUCAACGCCGCUGCGUUCAAGGGCACGCUGGAGCCUGUGGCCAAGGUGCUGAAGGACUCCAAGAUCCCGGCGGACAAGGUCGACGAUAUUGUGCUGGUCGGUGGCUCGACGCGUAUCCCCAAGAUCCAGUCGCUUGUGUCGGAGUUCUUUGGUGGUCGUCAGCUGAACAAGUCGAUCAACCCUGACGAGGCCGUGGCCUACGGUGCUGCGGUGCAGGGUGCCGUGCUCACGAACCAGACGAGCGACAAGACGGCCGACCUGCUCCUGCUCGAUGUGGCGCCCCUGUCGCUCGGUGUGGCCAUGCAGGGCGACAUGUUUGGUGUGGUCGUGCCGCGCAACACGCCGAUCCCGACGAACAAGACGCGUGUGUUUACGACCGUCGAGGACAACCAGACGCAGGUCACGUUCCCUGUGUACGAGGGUGAGCGCACGCAGUGCAAGGACAACCGCCUGCUCGGUGAGUUUGAGCUCACGGGCAUUCCGCCCAUGCCGCGUGGCCAGGCCGAGCUCGUGUGCACGUUUGAAGUGGACGCGAACGGUCUGCUGAAGGUGUCGGCUAUGGACAAGGCCUCGGGCCGCAAGGCGAACAUCACGAUCACGAACUCGGUCGGCCGUCUCAGCUCGACGGAGAUUGAGCAGAUGAUCAAGGACUCGGAGACGUUCAAGAACGCCGACAAGGAGUUCCAGGCGAAGCACGACUCGCGCAACGACCUCGAGGCGUACGUGCACUCGGUCGAGAGCACCGUGUCGAACCCCGCCGCGACGUUCAAGCGCGCUGCCAAGAUCCAGAUUGAGCAGGAGCUGGCCAAGGCCAUGGAGCUCCUCGAGGUCGAGGACGCCAGUGCCGACGACUACCGCCGCGCCUCGCUGCGCCUCAAGCGCUCCGUGCAAAAGGGUCUCUCGGGCGGCCGCUAA